AUGGCGGCACCACCUGUAGUGAAGCGCUUCACUUCUGUCUCAUCUUUCCCUUCAAAUUCUCUGCUUGCCCGUGAAACUUUCUACAAAAACACCAAUCUGUGUUCUUCAUUUUCUGGUGCAAAGUCCUUAAAUAUGUUGAACUAUGGAGCGAAGACGUCUAAAUUGGUGAGUAAUACAAGGAGGAGAAAAUGUGCAGUGGCUUCGUUAGGAGGUUUUCUAGGCGGGAUUUUUAAAGGGACUGAUACAGGUGAGUCCACUAGGCAACAGUAUGCUCCAACUGUGAGUUUGAUCAAUAAAUUGGAGGCUGAGAUGUCUGCGUUGUCUGAUUCUCAAUUGAGAGACAAGACUACUGCUUUAAAGGAGCGUGCCCAACUCGGUGAAUCUUUGGAUUCCCUUUUACCUGAAGCAUUUGCUGUAGUGAGAGAGGCUUCCAAGAGGGUUAUAGGUCUGCGCCCAUUUGAUGUACAACUGAUAGGGGGCAUGGUUCUUCAUAAGGGGGAAAUAGCUGAAAUGAGGACUGGAGAAGGAAAGACGCUUGUUGCCAUUUUACCAGCUUAUCUGAACGCAUUAAUUGGGAAAGGAGUUCAUAUUGUUACAGUUAACGAUUAUUUAGCUCGGAGAGAUUGUGAAUGGGUUGGCCAAGUUCCCCGUUUCCUUGGAUUGCAGGUUGGCCUAAUCCAACAGAAUAUGACAAGUGAACAAAGAAGAGAGAAUUAUAUGUGUGACAUCACGUAUGUUACCAACAGUGAGCUUGGUUUUGACUACUUGAGAGAUAAUCUUGCCAUGGAAAUUGAGACUGUUGAGGAGCUCGUCUUGAGGGAUUUCAAUUACUGUGUAAUUGACGAGGUUGAUUCCAUCCUUAUUGAUGAAGCAAGGACCCCUCUUAUUAUAUCUGGACCAGCAGAAAAACCAAGCGAUCGGUAUUAUAAAGCUGCAAAAAUAGCUGCAGCCUUUGAACGAGACAUACAUUACACUGUGGAUGAAAAGCAGAAAACAGUUCUCCUUACAGAACAAGGUUAUGGGGAUGCUGAAGAUAUUUUGGAUGUAAAGGAUUUGUAUGAUCCUCGUGAACAGUGGGCUUCAUUUAUUCUGAAUGCAAUAAAAGCAAAAGAACUAUUUCUUAGAGAUGUCAACUAUAUCAUACGUGGCAAGGAGGUGCUUAUUGUUGAUGAGUUUACUGGUCGAGUUAUGCAGGGGAGGAGAUGGAGUGAUGGACUUCACCAAGCAGUUGAAGCAAAGGAAGGUUUGCCGAUUCAAAAUGAAACUGUAACCCUGGCAUCAAUCAGCUAUCAGAACUUCUUCCUCCAGUUCCCAAAACUUUGUGGAAUGACUGGCACUGCUGCGACUGAAAGUACGGAGUUUGAAAGUAUAUACAAACUUAAAGUUACAAUUGUGCCUACAAACAAGCCUAUGAUUAGAAAGGUUUGUCAUAGCAUUCUAUCCAUAUUUAUUUUUCUAGAAUCAUACUGGCUGUUGUCAGAGCAAAAACCGAAGACAGCAGAUAUGGAAGAUAAUGUAAGAACUUGCUUAGAUAGCUUGAUGUUCACCAACUCCAAUAUCUUCUCAAUUCCUCCUCAGGAUGAGUCCGAUGUAGUUUUCAGGGCAACUUCUGGAAAAUGGCGGGCAGUUGUGGUAGAAAUUUCUAGAAUGAAUAAGACAGGUCGACCUGUGCUUGUCGGUACAACAAGUGUUGAGCAGAGUGAUGCACUAGCAGAACAGUUGCUAGAAGCUGGAAUUCCACAUGAGUUUGAAGGAAGCAAAAAUGAUGACCUGUUGGAUAAAUGUUCUUCGGAAAUCUUAACAAAAAUAUUUCUCCUCAAGGUUCUCAAUGCAAAACCAGAGAAUGUGGAGAGAGAAGCAGAAAUUGUGGCACAGAGUGGUCGCGUAGGGGCAGUGACAAUUGCUACAAAUAUGGCAGGUCGUGGAACAGAUAUAAUUCUUGGUGGAAAUGCUGAAUUUAUGGCCAGGUUGAAGAUACGUGAGAUGCUUUUGCCAAGGGUUGUUAUGCCAGCUGAAGGAGUUUUUGUAUCAGUGAAGAAACCCCUUCCUCAGAAGACAUGGAAGGUGAAAGAAAGUUUAUUUCCAUGCAAACUAUCCAAUGAAAAUACUAAAUUGGCCGAGGAAGCUGUACAAUUGGCUGUAAGAACUUGGGGCCAAAGAUCAUUAACUGAGCUUGAAGCAGAGGAGCGCCUAUCUUACUCCUGUGAAAAGGGCCCUGCUCAGGAUGAAGUCAUAGCCAAGUUGCGUAGUGCAUUUUCAGAAAUUGUUAAAGAAUUUAAGGCGUACACUGAGGAAGAAAGGAAGAAGGUUGUGUCUGCUGGUGGAUUACAUGUUGUGGGAACAGAGAGGCAUGAAUCCCGCCGGAUUGAUAAUCAGCUUCGUGGUCGAAGUGGUCGCCAAGGGGAUCCUGGAAGUUCCCGCUUCUUUCUAAGUCUUGAAGAUAACCUCUUUAGGAUUUUUGGAGGAGACCGAAUCCAGGGUUUGAUGAGAGCUUUUAGAGUUGAAGACCUGCCAAUUGAGUCCAAUAUGUUGACAAAAUCACUAGAUGAAGCUCAGAGGAAAGUGGAGAACUAUUUUUUUGAUAUCAGGAAGCAAUUAUUUGAGUAUGAUGAAGUCCUGAACAGCCAGAGAGACCGUGUUUAUGCCGAAAGAAGGCGAGCCCUUGAAUCAGACAACCUCCAGUCUCUUAUUAUUGAAUAUGCUGAACUGACAAUGGAUGACAUCUUAGAGGCGAAUGUUGGUUCUGAUGCUCCUAUGGAAAGUUGGGAUCUUGAAAAGCUCAUUGCAAAAGUUAAACAGUACUGCUAUUUGCUGAAUGAUUUGACGCCAGAUUUGCUGCGAAGUAAGUGUUCAAGUUAUGAAGACUUGCAGGAUUACCUUCGUCUUCGUGGUAGUGAAGCAUAUUUACAGAAAAGGGUGGUGCUAGGAGAUGGUGCUUUUGUGUUUGCCCUGGGAGAUGUCCAGCCUAAGCUGAAAACUUUGAAUGUAGAUUAUUUGUAUUUGAACGGUCUUGAUGUUGUGGAGAAAGAAGCGCCUGGCUUGAUGAAGGAAGCUGAGAGAUUCUUGAUUUUGAGCAAUAUUGACCGCUUGUGGAAGGAACAUUUACAAGCAAUCAAGUUUGUUCAGCAAGCUGUAGGCUUACGUGGCUAUGCACAGCGUGAUCCGCUUAUUGAGUAUAAGCUUGAAGGCUACAAGCUCUUCUUGGAGAUGAUGGCUCAGAUAAGAAGAAAUGUUAUAUACUCCAUAUAUCAGUUCCAACCCGUGAUGGUAAAGAAAAACCAGGAACAAAGCCAGAAUGACAAAUCAGCCGAAGUUGUCAGAACUGGUAGGGGUGGUAAGAAAAAACCUAAUCCUGUUGGCGCUGCAGAGUCGUCAUCAGCUGCCAGCCCCCAGGCUAGUGCAUAA